GCAAGAAAAAAGCUAUUGAUCUAAACGAGGAGGCACGUAUGGCGACGGCACCCGGUUAGUCGUCUGCGUGUAUUGACGUGAGCGCCAUCUUCUCCACUUGCAGUUGACAUCGCCAGCCAAGAAGGAGGCAAGGAAUUAGCCCACAUUUAUUCGAGAGGAUUUUUUUUUUCUAAAUGGUGGAAUUGGUGUGUUUCAACGUAACUUCCGGUUGCUUUCCUGUGUGCGUGUGUUCACGUCUGCAAAACACAACAUCGCAUCAAAAUAUUAUAAUCCUUGAGUUUGCGUUUUUAGCUACGUGUAUAAUAUUUUUUGAAGCGAUGGUUUCAAUAAAGAAUAGUUCAACAAUUUUAAUAAACACUUAUAGAAAGUAGGAAAUAACAGAAAAUAUGAAACUGUAAUUUAAUUGAGAAUUUUCAAAAAUAUAUUUCUGAUACCAAUUCUGCCCGUUUGUCUAUCACGUUUAAAUCUCAAAAAAACUAAAGUGCUAUUAAUAAUCUACUUUCACAAAAGUCAGUUUAAUGCUUUUAAUAGCUGCAAUAACUAUACUUGGUCUUUUUAAGGUGAAUACAUUUGUUGUUUCUUUUUCAACCUAAAUACGCAAAUAUUGUCAUUCAUGUAAACCAUUUUUAAACCAAGAUUAAUAAUUCUUAAAAAGUAAAGCUACUCUAUAGUGACGGCCUCGCCCGUGGCAAGACUACUCUACUAUGUUGCCAGACGAAUGGAAAUAAAACGAUAUUCUUUUAAAAAAGGAUUUCUAACUGUAAUAGCACACUAUUCAAAUACGUCACAUUUCUCUAUUUAUUCAAGAUACUUCCACACAUCUUCGUUACAAUAUCUAGCAUUGACUUACACACAAUAUCUAGAAGAGCCACUAUUCAACAUACGUUCACUCAUUAUGUGUGUAAAUAUAAAAUGGGAACGCUGUAAAUAUAAGCUUUACAUAACUUGUUUGUAACCCGAAUUGAAAGAGAAAUUCCUUUGAUAACUUAUCACAUCCUAUCAAUAUGGAAGGCGGUGAUAAGUGGGCCUAUUCGAAACUAUCUCUUCAAUCCACUCCCGAUACGAGGAUUAUACGAGGCUCCAAACCGCUGAAGGAUGAACGAAAACUUUUUGCCAGGCUGAAAGCGGAGCUGGAGGCCAAAGCCAGGUCAAAGAAGAACUCCCUUGUGAACGGACAGCCGCCUAUCGACGCGCACAGCAAGGUCUACCUGGCCUUCGUCCUGUCUGGUAUCGGGUACAUGUUACCUUUCUCAUGCUUCAUUGCCGCGGUAGAUUAUUACCAGAACCGUUUCCCACAUACAACCAUCAUCUUUGACAUGACCACAACCACCAUCGUGGUCGGCACCCUGGGCGUGUUCCUCAACAACCUGCUGGUGGAGACGUUGUCCUUAACCUGGAGGGUCAUGGUGGGCUACAUCGUGUCCACGCUGCUGCUCCUCUUCCUGACCAUCUUUGACGUGACCAUGGACCUGUUCCCGCACGACGCUGGAUACUGGGUCACUCUGGUGGCCGUGGCGGUCAUAGCGGUUGGCUGUGCAGUGCAGCAGUCCAGUUUCUAUGGUUACGCCAAUAUGCUACCACGACGCUACACCCAGGCGGUCAUGCUAGGAGAAAGUCUGGCAGGAGUUCUGGUCUCCCUGAAUAGAAUACUAACUAAACUAUUGUUGGAAGACGAGAGAGUGAACACCAUCAUCUUUUUUGUCAUUUCGCUCGUUGUAGUUGUCGUCUGCUGUGCUGCCUUUUUCUUUGCCAGGUGGACAAGAUUUGUAAGGCAUCACCUGCAGACGUGUCGAGCAGACGACAUCUCCAUGGAAUACAACGACACAGAAUUUAAAAUGCAGAGAGGAUCCCUGAGGCCAAAACUUCAGAAUCUGGAACCGGAAGCAUACCCGGACGUAGCUAACCCCGACCUUCAACCCCGGGUCAGCGCUGAUGUAAUCACCGAACUGACAGACCACCGGAUGGCCAACGGACAAGAGCUAACUAAAUCGGACACUGAAAAAUGGCCGCGAGAAAUCGAUGGCCGUUUACAAAUGUCCCACAUGGGACGCGACUCUGUGAUAGAUCCUUCAGGAAAGCUAGCAGACGUGGGGAGUACGUCUUCCCUUGUUCAAGCGAGGUUAUCCUCUUGGAAAGCACGCCUGGAGGCCAGACUGGAAGUGGUCCGGCUAAUCUACCCUUACAUGGCGUCUUUCGCCCUGACUUUCUAUGUGUCUGUGUCACUCUAUCCGGGUAUCAUCUCAGAGGUGGUCAGCUGCCGGCUGGGCACCUGGAUGCCGGUAGUGCUGAUGGCGUGCUUCAACGUGACCGACACAAUGGGCAAGAUGCUGGCCGCUGUCAUCCAUAAUUAUUCAAAACUCCGCCUCCUGCUGUGCACGUUAACAAGAAUCUGUCUUAUUCCAUUGGUUGUUUUGUGCAUCAAGCCUCGAUCUCGUCCGAUUCUGAGUGGAGAGGCGUGGUCUAUAUUCAUUACUAUUUUGCUGGGUUUGUCGAACGGUUACUUUGGAUGCCUGCCACUAGUUCUGGCCCCCAGUCAAGUUACUCCUCGUCUUCGAGAGUUGUGUGGCAAUACAAUGAUGUUGUCUUUUACCUUAGCCAUUGUUGCUGGAACAUUCACGUCAUACGGCCUUGACAUUCUGGUAGGACCACAUCCGGAUUUGGAGCUUUGCCACCGGGACAAUUCAACGUUUUUUCACCUAGUGGCCCAUGGAACGAAUUUUUCAUCCGUGGCGACAUAAUCGUUUUAUGUGGCUUUGUUGUUUUCGUUGGUCGUGAACAUUUGAUUGACACUGACCUCGGUUCUAGUCCCCAGCUGAAUGCCUUGAAUGGUUGACAUUGCUUUGGGCAGACUUACUUUGCACUAGAUAUUCACCCACACACAAUAUUGAUCGCAUGUCCCGAUUUCCUGGAAUAGCUUACACAGAUGUCUUGGCAGUGAAUGCUUCAUUAUCGAAUGAAGUACAAAUACUUGCUUCCGGAACUAGAGUGGUCCUCACUUUGUUCAAAUAGCAGUGCUUGUCACCUUCACCGUACGAACCAUUACUUUUGAAAAGAAAUAGCACGUUGACAACUUUGAAAUUGCUUUGUGGUUUAAUUAAAUGUCUGAUUUCUUGUAAUUUAUAUCGGCUUGUUGUUAUGAAGGCGUGGUAAGGACCGGAUUUAGACUAUUAAGGUCUUAAAGCAGACUUGAAAAAAUCUGUAUCCACUUCACCAAUAAUGACGUUUCUUUGAGAAAGCAAAAGGGGAUAGUUUUUAAGCUAGCUACACAAAUCCUUCGUGAUCUAGGUUCACGUCUUCCCCAAAGGAUAUCUGGUCUCGAAGUCCAUUUAGAAGAUGUCAGUUCUGCUCCACACUUAAGAUUGUCUGUCACUCCAACGUUCAUACAUUUAACUUUGUUUCUAAAUAUGUUAAGCACAGUCUGAUAAAUUAAGACUAUAUCAGGGUGGCUGCCUUGUCGUGUGGUAUGCUCUCUGGACUGUCAUCUUGAUGGUCCCGGGUUCGAGUCCUGCCUCCCGCCAAUCACUUUAUCUUUACUUCUGAAAGAAAAUCCGAAACAUGUGGAACAUAUCUUUGUGGGUCAAUAGAGAAAUCUUUUUCCGCACAGGCAUUCGCCGUCUAGGGGAAAUGUCGACUGAACGUCUAUUGACAUUGGUGAGACAUAUCCUUAGACAUGACGAAACAAGUUUACAAAAUCAGACUUAACAUGAAAGCCAAACGGAGGAACACAAAAACAUGGCCGUCGACAUCUAUUUUGGGCGUCACACCGUUUUAGAAGUCAGGAUUUUCGUGGGCACCAGUUGGGAAAAGGCUGUGAAAGUUGCCAUAGAUGAUUUCUGUGUAGAGAGCUUGCAGCCCUAUGUGUGGGGAAUGCGUGCGAGAUGCUUAAUUCUAUGUGUUUCUCAAUAUGUUACAAAAACAUGAAUGUUACGUUCGCCACUCAACUGGUCAGGUGUUUGGAAAGAGCCUUAUGUUCACUCAAAGUCAUGGAAAUACAUCAAACAGGCUGCAUUUGGCUUGGCGCCAAGCGUUUUUUUUUACACUUCUGAGCUUCAGAAACUCUUUUUCCGGGCGUCUACGAUGCAUUAUUUUUCUCAUACUAGGAAGAUUGCAAGUCAAAUAGAAUGAAAUUAAAUUAAAAAGGCUUAGGACAUGUUGAUACUAAACUGUGAGAGACAUUCGAGGUAGCAAUUUUUAUUAUUAAAAGUUGCAUUUUGGAAAAGUGCAUUUUUCCAACUUGGGUGUCACCCCCUGUUGGGUGUCACUCGGUGCGGCCGGCACCUCUUAGUGACGCCACUGAAUAUAUAUAUAAUAUAAUAUAAUAUAAUAUAAUAUAAUAUAAUAUAAUAUAAUAUAAUAUAAUAUAAUAUAAUAUAAUAUAUAUGAUGGGCGUGCUGGCUGAGCGGUAAAUCGCUUGGUUCCCGAACCUAGGGGUCUCGGGUUUGUGUCUCGGUCUUUUUAAUUUCGCAACUUUGAACACACGCACCUACUUACGUUGAGUACUUGACUUAUAGUUGAGGGAAAAUACAGGCGGUUGGUCGUUGUGCUGGCCACAUGACACCCUAGUUAACCGUCGGACAUAGAUUUUACAUCAUCUGCCAUAAAGUUUACAAGGUCUGAAAGGGGCUUGCGGGGGGGGGGGACUUCAAUUGUUUUGUAUUUCAAUAAAAACGCACGAUGUUGACCAAAGCAUAUAGACCUACUCUAAGGUUUAGAAUAAGAUUAUCGUUUUUCAUUUUUGUGUGUGCAGGACAUAUAAAUCUGAGUUUUAUCCUUUGGUUAUUGUGAUUUCAAAUCUUUUUUAAUUAUUCUGUUCAAAUAUGUAUGAUUAUACAAAAGUUAACAUAAUUUUUAUCAAUAAAAAAAGUAACCAAUAAGUCAAUUGAUUACUGGUAAUUAAUUUAUUUUGUUUGAUACCAACAAGGAAAACUACUCCUUCAGAAUUCGCAGAUAUGGCUUAAUUUGUUGGAUUUUGUUCCCUUCAAUAAUUGUGAACACAAUUUCUCCCAUACGCAUUCUCCGAUCAAGUUGAUAUUUAAAACAAUUAUUUAUUGGACCUAACUAAACAUGAAUAAACAAUAAAUAAAUAAACCAA